AUGAAGAAACGCUUCAGCGUCGGGUUCACCAUUCACGAGGCCCUGAACUUGGUCCGAGAAAGAGGCCGUCCAAUAGAUCCUCUCGUCGUUGUGCGCUGCUGCGGAAGGGAGUACCGCUCAGAUAUAAAAUUUGCAAAGGCAAAUGUCGUCUCCUGGGACGAGUCACACACGUGGACUGACUUAGAACUCUCCAGCGAGGAGUGGGCCAAGUCAUUUAUUGAGUUCGAAGUCCAGGCAGCGAAUGCCUUCUGGAGGAACACAACCAUCGGGCUCGUCGCUCUGCAGCUCUCUCUCGUGCAAAAACGAAAGACGCACCAGGUCAAGAAGUCGCUGCCCCUACAAAGCCCUGAUGGAGCCGACUUGCACGGGUCUCUUCGGGUUACUGUCUUCGCCUGCGGCCCGGGCGAGUCUCCUCCAAGCCCAGGGGAGGAGUUGGAGGACUCGGACGAUGAAAACCAGGGAUUUAUUGACGACUUGCGAAAUGUUGUAAUUGACAAUCGCCAGGACUUGGUCCGAGGCGAGGGCACGCGCCCUUUCCACGUUUACGUGACAAUUCAUCGCUUGGAAGACUUACCGGCCGCCCCAAAAGGACUGAGGGAUCCUUUUGUAGUUUGCGAGUUCGCUGGUUGUCGCGUCCGCACGGCACAGGCGCGUGCGACGAGCUCCUACACCUUCAACGAAUGCUUCCGCAUUCCCGUCAUGACACCCGUCCCGGAGGAUACGAUUUUGAUCAAAGUUUGGGACUGGAACUUCAUGAGUGCAGAUGAACUGCUAGCCGUCGGCCGCAUUUCUUUCGCCGAGUUGCGGUCUCGCCACAUUCUCCCCCGAUGGUUCAACUUCUACGGAUUUGACGUUGGAGAAAUACCUAACUUCUCGGAAGUCAUUGCUCAAAGCGGCAAACUGACUCCGUGUACGUACAUGGGUCGUUUGCUGCUUAGCGCUCGGGCGGAACGACUUGACAAGGAUGCAGAGCUGCUUGCUGCUCAUUCAGUUGCAGCUGCUCCCUACGAAGACCCCCGCGUAAUUCCUAUUCUUCUAUUUUCGGACGUGUAUGAGGUGCAAGGAGCUCCCGGCGAUAGAGUCUACGUUGAAGUGUCUUGCGGACCUCUAAAAGAGAGAACUCGAUGGGUGGCCGGAGAUUUAGUGAAGCAGCGAGAACGUGAAAUGGGGGAGGCACCGUCUGCAGUGACUGCUGCCCUGGAAGGUGCAAAGGGCAUGGCGAAUUACUUCUUGGGGGCUUCUCCUGAAGGCCAGGACCAUUUUGUUUUCUCCCCAGUAGAUGGACGCAUUCCAGAAUUGCGCAUGGCCGUGCCUGACGACGAAAAACAACAGUGGGACGUUAUUAUCAAUGUAUAUGCGAAGGGGAUAUCCAAGAAUAUGCCGCACGCAACUCGCGUGGCGUACCAGCGAAUGCCGCUGGCGAAUAUUCCUGUCUACGUACAAAACAACCCACGGGCGCCCGUAUGGGUCCCUCUGCAUCCAAUGCCGCAUCUUUCGGACAGUUUAGCCCCCUCCGCUGUGCUAAUGACACUGGAAAAGGCCAAGACAGAUGCAGCUGCUAGAACGAAGCGGAAGCACAUCGUUGCAGCGGAAUAUAUUCUGCGGACAUACAUAUACACAGCCCGCAAGAUAUCGUCCCCCAGCGGUGCCCUCCCGAACGCUUUGGUGCAGGUGACCUGCGCUGGAGUUACAAAGGAAACAGAGCCAUGCGAUGCCACUUCCAAUCCGGUCUUCAUGGAAUGCUUGCAGCUGGAUCUUAGACUUAUGACCGACACCACCACUCGUCUCCCCACAGUCGUUCCCAUCGUUGCCAGUGUGUUUGAUGAUCGCUCCUGGGGCCGUCAGCUUCUUGGCAGAGCUGUCUGUCAUUAUGACCGUCUGAGAGGAAGGCUGAAGCCAGGGGAAGUUCCUUCAGUCGCAGAGCCCCGUUGGAUUAAGCUAAAGGGGGGAAAACGGAUGAACAAGCAUCGGGGAGACAUUCUUGUUUGCUUUGAGCUUAUUCGCAAGAAGGACGCAGAAACACUGCCAGCUUAUCCGAUGAGACCUCUCGUCUGUAUGUGCAAGCUCAGCCUGUCCUGUUUGAAUGUGCGGGACUUGAUUAUGGCGCCAAAAGGCCGGCCUAUUGACUUUAACAAGCUCAUACUUGGGGAAUUCGAAGGCAUCAGACGUGUUCGUAACCCCAUUUUGGUAGUAUCUGUCCCGUCCUUCGGAUCGUUAGGACGGGAUAGGACGGUAGUAACCCUUCAAUAUGAAAGGAAUGCCGAUGGAGACCCAAGUACCCCCAAUAGGAGAUGGUCGAACGGCGCUUACGAAAGCUUCGACAUUUUAAAAGUAGCUUCGCUGGAUGUGGAUAUUCCCGAAGACCCAAUCUAUGACCCCACCCUCACAAUUCAGGUGUAUGACCGCAAAAUCAAGCCCAAGUAUUUCAUUGGGCAGUUCUCCCUUUCCCUUAUUCCUCUGAUGCCGUGGAUCGCUGAUGUCGAGACGGCAUUGGAAGAUGUGAGGCCUUCACGGGACUAUGAGGACUCAGUUAAUUUGAAAAAGUUGGGAGGCAUAAUGCUCGGCGCCAAGGGGAGAAAUCAGAAGGGAUUAAGCACUGUAAAUGUAGUUCUGGAGGCGAUCAGCUCUGCUGACAGGGACGCUGCUGAGGCGAAUCAAUCCCGCUACCUUCAUCAGGUUGGAGUUCUGAAGUGCGACCAGUCCGCAGAGGGUGUAGUCUCUGUCUGGCUAAAUCCGGACUCGUUGCCAAAGAUCCUUGUGCAAUCUUAUGCAUUGCCAUCGGAUCGGCCAAUCCUCUUGGCAGGCAGCAUGUUUACCUUGAAUGUAUUCAUUCCCGCAAAGUUUGUCUUGUGCGCUGAGGGCAAACGAGCGGCGGAGAAGAAGACAAAGGAGCAGUUUCAGCGGCCUUCCGUCGAAACCACAGUGGAGAACUUCUUAGUAGAUGUGGACUUUCCUCCCGAUCCUCUUAAGAAGAAAGCCUUGGGGGUGACGCAGCUGACCGGAUCUGUUAAGUUUUUUGUCAACCUUACUCACAAUGAUGAACCGUCUGAGCACGUGGACCAAACGAUGGUACCAUGGGCACUGAAUGAGUCGCGCCUUCGAAAGCAUUUCAGAGGGGAAGAAGCUUACCCUAAGAUGAUCAAGAUUAGGGUGUAUGUUAUCCGAGCCAUCAACGUCCACUUGGUCAAGGGAAUGACGGUUGCGAACCCAUACCUCGUAUUUUCAGUUGGGAAGACAAAGAUGCCCUUUCGUGCUGAGAACAAGCCUGGAACGCUAAACCCGGACUUCUUUACUAUGUGGGAGAGGGAUGUUGCAUUCCCCGAUGAAUCGCGAUUGGAGGUUAGCGUGUGGAGUGCGCAUGAAAAGCUGCUUCAACAAGUGGAUGACGUGUUCCUAGGAAGCACUGUGAUCGACCUAGAAGAGCGUUGGUUCUCAAAAGAGUGGCAAGCUUUCAUGAAGAAGAAUGAGGUACCCAUGGAGUACAGACCACUGUCAAGAACGCCAAACGGUAGCGUUACUGGAAGUAUUGAGAUGUGGUUGGAGAUGAUGGAUUCUCAGAAGGCCGGCAAAGUCCCUCGAUUCAAUCUGCAAAAGCCAUCAUCAACGGACAUUGAGAUAAGGGUUGUUCUUUGGGGUUGCCGUGGCCUUUAUUUCAAGCACUUGGGUCCAAACAAGGAAACUGUAGAUGCUGUCCUGCGAUGUACAAUGGAUUGCACCAAGUAUCAAGGAUCUCAGCCUCUGUUGCAGAGCACGGACGUCCACUAUUAUUCAAAAACAGGGGCGGCUGUUUUCAACUGGCGUGUUGUAUACUCGCGCGUAGCAGCUCCCGUCAAUUCGUGCAUUCUUCAGAUAUCGGCCUACGACUUCCGCAACAUCGGCGAAUCACCAUUUAUUGGAGAGGUAAACCUGGAAGUGAGGAAGUACUUGGAAAGAGUUGCCCAGACAAUGGCAUCUAUCGAGGUUGACGCAGAGUUAAGGCUGCAAAAUAGGGCUCACGAGAGCCUAGAUGUGCAGACCUUCGGCUACGUGCAGGUCACCCUUCAGUUUAUGGCUCAGUCAGAGGCGACAAGCAGACCGGUAGGUAUGGGGCGUGAACAUCCGAAUCGUGAUCCUCGCCUCACAACGCCACAAGAAGGGCGCAAGUGGGAAGAUGUCUUGGGAUCUGCUGGACUUCGUGUAGACUACCGUCCCAUAUGGUAUUGGGUACGUGUUGUUUUCAUUGUCUUUUUGUCAAUCUGGGUCUUUGUCAUGGCGUUCUUGUAUCCGGCUCUGUUCCUGUGA